AUGUUGAGGGCGUGGUGUUUCGGCCCUAGCCGCUGCGCUGCGUGGGCCUGGCUGGCGGUGCUGGCGGCCUUGGGUCACUCCACGGCCUACACUGACACGGAGGAUUUUCUCAGUGACUUGGAUAAACCAGAUUUUGUAGAUGGCGAUAAUGAUACAAAGGUCAGCCUUUUGGAGCUCUAA